AUGGCUAUCAACGUGUUCUCAGUUCCCGUCUUCCUUGUUGUUUUUCGUGAGUCCUUGGAGACUGGUAUUAUUGUCUCUGUUCUCCUGGCAUUCCUCAAGCAGACACUGGGAGGCAGUGGCCAAGAUGUGCAAGUCUACAAAGCGAUGCGCAAACAGGUUUGGCUGGGAACAGCCAUCGGCCUCCUGAUUUGCCUAGUCGUUGCUGGUAUCAUUAUCGGCGUCUUUUACGGCGUUGGCAAGGAUAGCUGGCAGGCGCACGAAUACUACUACGAAGCCGCGUUUGCCCUCUUCGCUUCGAUCAUCAUCACUCUGAUGGGUGUUGCCCUACUUCGGGUCGGAAAGCUACAAGACAAAUGGCGCGUCAAGUUGGCAAAGGCGAUGGAAGCUCCCGCAAAGUCAUCUACAUCUGCUGGCCAGUCGCGCUUCAAGAGGAACAAGGAGAAAUACAUCAUGUUUAUCCUUCCGUUCAUCACCGUUCUGCGCGAGGGCAUUGAGGCUAUCGUCUUCUUGGCCGGCGUUACCUUCGCUGCGCCUGCGACCUCCGUUCCCCUCCCUGUCAUCGUUGGCUUGAUUGUGGGCAUUGUCGCCAGCUACCUGCUGUACAAGAGCGGCUCGACGUCUAAACUCCAAAUCUUUCUCGUGGCCUCCACCUGUCUAUUGUACAUCGUCGCUGCUGGCCUGUUUUCUCGUGCCGUCUGGUUCUUCGAAGCGCAGGAGUGGAACCAAGCCGUUGGUGGCGAUGCGGCGGAGGUCGGAAGCGGUCCAGGUUCCUACGAUGUCGACAAGAGUGUCUGGCACGUCAACUGCUGCAGUCCUCAGCUGAAUGGUGGUGGUGGUUGGGGUCUCUUGAACGCCAUUUUUGGUUGGAACAACUCUGCCACUUACGGGUCUGUGAUAUCCUACAACGUCUACUGGAUUACCGUUAUGGUGUGGCUCGUCACUCUCAGAUUCCACGAGAAAAAUGGCCACUGGCCGUUCAUGAGGCCCAAGUCCACAGUUGAGCCUUCGCCCUCGCCCGCUGAGUCGCCUAGCAACUCCGACUCGCCAGUCGAACAAUCCAAGCAGAGCGCUGCCACGACCACGAACGCCCUGUAA